UGCUGUUUCUGUCAUCUCGUCACAUCUUCUCUCGCGCACCGCGACGAGUCCUUCACCUUACCUGGCUCCACAUAAAACCAUUCCCUCACGCUCGCGAGGGAAACUAGACAUUCACUAACCCAGAGCCGCUGAUGUAACGAUGCCAGGUAGUGAAUAACGUCGAGAAGCAAGACAUUUUCAUUUAACCAUAUUGCGCGUGUACACCUCGACAAAGUCACGCUCCGAUACGCACGACCACACGCGCCCACGGGAGAGAGCAGUUCACGCGCGGCAGAUGCUUCCCCGUCCUCGCUGAGAUGAUGGCUAUGUGGACGCUCUUCUGCAUCCUCGCCAUUGUGAAAAGCAGUGAUGGGGCAGAUACAGAAGAAAGACUCGUGGAGCAUCUUCUUAAUCCAGCCCACUACAACAAACUCAUCCGACCAGCGACUAAUGGUUCAGAACUGGUGACCGUGCAGCUGAUGGUCUCGCUGGCCCAGCUCAUCAGUGUGCAUGAGAGAGAACAGAUCAUGACCACCAAUGUCUGGCUUACACAGGAGUGGCAGGACUACCGGCUAACAUGGAACCCAGAUGAGUUUGACGGCAUGAAGAAGGUCCGUCUUCCCUCCAAACAUAUUUGGUUACCUGAUGUUGUUCUUUACAACAAUGCUGACGGCAUGUAUGAGGUGUCUUUCUACUCCAAUGCUGUUGUCUCCUAUGAUGGAAGUGUCUUCUGGUUGCCACCAGCAAUCUAUAAGAGUGCCUGUAAAAUUGAGGUGAAGCACUUCCCAUUCGACCAGCAGAACUGCACUCUGAGCUUCCGCUCGUGGACCUACGACCGCACAGAAGUGGACCUGGUUCUGCGCGCGGAUGUGGCUAGCAUGGACGAUUUCACACCCAGUGGCGAGUGGGACAUCAUCGCACUGCCCGGCCGACGAAACGAAAACCCCUUGGACCCAACCUACGUAGACAUCACCUAUGACUUCAUCAUCCGCCGCAAACCCCUCUUCUACACCAUCAACCUCAUCAUUCCUUGCAUCCUCAUCACCUCGCUGGCCAUCCUAGUGUUCUACCUCCCAUCAGACUGCGGGGAGAAGAUGACGCUCUGUAUCUCAGUGCUGCUGGCCCUCACUGUGUUCCUGCUGCUGAUCUCCAAAAUCGUGCCACCCACGUCUCUCGAUGUCCCCCUGGUCGGGAAGUAUCUGAUGUUCACCAUGGUGCUGGUCACGUUCUCCAUUGUUACGAGCGUGUGCGUGCUGAACGUGCAUCACCGGUCACCCACUACACACACUAUGCCUCCGUGGGUGAAGUUAGUGUUCCUCAACAAGUUGCCUACCCUGCUCUUCAUGCAGCAGCCUCGAAACAGCAGCGAGCGACAGCGCCUGCGCCAACGCCGUCGUGCCAAUGAACAGCAGGAAGGUGGGCGAGGGGGUCUGGCUGCUGGGCUCAUGGCAGGACUGGGCCUCAGCGGCUCUUCAUCAGGGAAUAAAGAGAACAAUGAGGCGUGCACAUGUUAUGUGAACCGAGCCUCAGUGAAACAGUUUGGGGCAGAGUUGGGUGGAGGGGGUGGUGGAGGGGGUUCCACAGAUGGACUAAACGGGAUAAGGGAAGGGGGGAGAGAGGCCAGGGAAGGAGGUUCGAAUCCAUUGCAGAGCUCUGCUCUACCUCGGGGGAAGCAGCAGCCCCCUACGGUCCUCACCCAGGCUCUGCUGGCCCAGGCCUGCCCAGGGUUCGAGGAGGCUGUAGAUGGAGUCCGCUUCAUCGCAAACCACAUGAAGAGCGAGGACGACGACCGGAGUGUGAGUGAGGACUGGAAGUACGUUGCCAUGGUGAUCGAUCGUCUGUUCCUUUGGAUCUUUGUGUUUGUGUGUGUCUUUGGCACAAUCGGAAUGUUCCUUCAACCUCUGUUCCAAAACUACACAGCCAAAACUAUCACCCACACACCUGGCUGACUAACCACCAACCCUCACCACACCAAUGGAAUCUACCCCACCAUCAGUCGCGACAGGAGGGCGAAGGGAGGAGGGGGAGGUCUGCCGAAGGGGAGUACAAAUGUCACUCUGGACUAACCUUAUAUGAAACUUUUUUGGAUUAUCAUGCAGAGUGGGGAUUUUAUCCAGGAUUCUCAUUCAGGCCUUUCGUCCAGUCCACCUUCCCCUCCUUUUAGGUGAAAAACCACACAAGCCAAUCGGAGAGAAAGGAGACACCUGUUUGCUUUUCUCAGCAGCCAAUCAGCACUCUUUUCUGCAAUUAGAAAGCCAUCCACAGCCCACAAGCUCUGAAACAAGCAAGAGUCACAUGACUUCCGUUUGUUACCUGUACAUGCAAGCUAGCCAGACAGACAGGGAUGAACUUAAAUGUCUGCUCAUACAUCAUUUCUAUCAGAUUUUCAUAAUUAAAUCUGUCUUAUUUUUUUCUUACGCUCUUGAAGCCUGUCAUGAUCCAUAUAUUGCAAAAACAACAACAUUCUCAUUUCUGUGCGAAAACGAGUGUCUAGUCCUUUGAAAAUGGGCUUCGAUGCAGUAUUGUAUUAUUAUUCAUAUUAAUAUGUGAAUUGUAUUACUACGACACACAACGUGAAGAGGGAGGAUGCCUGAUGAGAUCAGAGUGAGCUUGUUAAUAGACAAUGACUUUGGUGGCACUAUGAAAACAGUUAAAUUUGCCAAAAAAAAAGCCCCAC